AACCGCCAUAAAAAAAUCAAGAAGAAGAAUAUAAUCAUCCACCAGAUGAUAAAAGCAGUUUUGUUUUUUGCCGGACAGCGCGUAAUUCGGGCUUUAACGGUGCGAGUUUUACUCUGGAAGGUCCAGUAAUGGCCUCAUCGCUGGGUUUGUUCGCCGGACCGGAAGUGCUUGAGGACGCGAACCACGCUCGGGGUUUGAUGAACGAGCUUAAAAAGAUGUACGACUGCCGUUUGCUGGGCGACGUUACCAUAGGGGUCGAGUGUGAAGAGGAGGCGGAGGAGAAGGUGUCACCGGAGCACAGCGGAGGAAGAGGAGGAGAAGGGGUUGAGGUUGGCCAUUUGUUUCUUUGUAGCCGCAACGUCCUGGCCGCCGCCAGUCCGUACUUCAAGAGCAUGUUCACGGGCGGGUUAACCGAGAGCGCCCAGGAGAGAGUCCUCAUCCGCGGCGUGGACUCUGAGUCCAUGUCGGUCAUCAUCGACUACUGCUACACAGGCAGGGUGACCAUCACGGAGAGCAACGUGCAGAGGCUGUACGCGGCGGCCAACAUGCUGCAGCUGGAGUACAUCAGCAGAGUCUGUACCGACUUCAUGAGCAGGAGGCUGGAUCCCUCCAACUGUGUGGCGAUGCUGAAGCUCGCAGACACCUACAACAACCCGGAGCUGAAGAAGAACGCCCAGGUGUUCAUAGCCAGGAACUUCACCCAGGUGUGUAACGCUGGAGACCUCUGCGAGCUGAACUCGGAUCAAUUUAAAGAGCUGCUGUCUCUGGAUACUUUGGACGUGGACUGCGAGAAGACUGUGUGUUCAGCAGCUGUUCAGUGGCUGGAGGGGAAUGCAGCGGUGGAUAAAGAAGAAGCUCUGCAGGUGCUGAAGUGUGUGCGCUGGAGCCUGUUCAGCGAGGAGGACCUGGAGAGCCUCAAAGAGAGGCCUCUGAUGGAGACCUACCUGUCAUCCUUUUUCAGGACGUCUUCAGAGGGGGGCUGCAAGGUGCCCGCACCUCUGGACGUGCAAAAACACAGGAUAGGUGUGAGUGCAAAAGAGAUGAUUCUCUUUUUUGGCCGGCCUAACGAAGUCAUAAUGUGCUGCGAACCUUACUCAGAGGAUCUUUAUAUCAUGUCUCCGGCUUCCGUGCCUUUCACUAGUCAAGAAUACAAAAGCUCCAAUACAGCGCCUGUUAUCGCUUGCUCCACGCCUGAUAACAGCUUGUAUUUAACGUCCCACCUUUCCAAACAGUUCUGGGUGUAUAAUCCUGUCCUCAAUAGAUGGCAGGAGUUGGCAGAGAGGCUGCUGGGCAGAAUCCACGCUGGGAUGGUCUAUCUGAAUGGUCACAUCUAUCUUCUGGGAGGAAGAAAUCCAGUUACAGAUAUCAGAUUGAAGGAGGUGGAGUGUUACAGCAUCCAAAGGAACCAGUGGAUGUUUGUGGCGCCUCUGCCUCACUAUUUGGGUAAAAUGCAAGUGGUGGCUGUGAAUGAUCACCUGUACGUGCUCAACAAAAGGAGAAUGCUCUGCUACGACCCCAAGAAGAACCACUGGCUUCAAUGCGGAUCACUCAGGAGAGACAAGCUUCACAAGGCCUGCAUCUUCCAGGAGCAGAUCGUCUGCGUGUGCGACAUCCCCGUGAUUAAAGCUUACAGCCCCACCAGAGGGGAGUGGAAGAGGUUUGGGGACAUUCCCAUGGAGAACGGAGCAGUGAACUACCAGGUGAUCCAGCACAGAGGGAAGCUGUUGCUGCUCACGCACAUGUUGCACCGGAACAACAGGGACAGGGUCCUCAUCCACGAGUACGACCCCAACCGGGACGCAUGGAAGAACCUCAUGGCAGUCUACGUGUCCGCUAUGGGACCGGUGUGCGUGUCGACGCGUGUGUACCCAGCGUUCCUGCGGUCCGGUCACAGAUUCUCCACAGAGGAGGACGAUGACAGCGGCUCCAGUGCUGACUGGGACCCAGAUAUCCUAACGGAUGCUGAGUCUGAUUCAGGCAGCUCCAGUUCCUUCUCUGAUGAGAACAUGCACUGAGCUGAUAGACUACCUGUCCAUUUUUUUUAUG